AUGAAGUUCCUUUCAGUAGCCGCCACUGCUUUGUUAGCUGCAGCUCUCGAUUCCGCCCUGGGCGGAGAGAUUGCCAAUCCAGCCCGGCAGGAAAACUAUGAUUCUGGUGAAAUGCACAUGAUGAUCAUGGGCAACAAGAGACACAGUUUCGACAUCCAUCGGGAGACAGGUGCAUACAACUCGUCGGCAUAUCCUAAAAUCACGAAAUAUAGCCCCUGCGUUGAUGGCAUGGCUGCAGGGCAGUUCAGGUGUAAGAACGUGGACUUGGCAUACUUUGCAUCUCAUGCAGACCUGGGAAGUAUUACUGGUGAGGGAAGUAGUAGCUGGGGAUGGACUUCUCCCGAUGGUCGAGAGUUUAUCAUCGUUGCACAGGCCGACGGUGCUUCAUUCUCUGAAGUACUACCCAAUGGUCACUUGGACUAUCUUGGGAGACUUCCCCAACAGAGCACUCCCGAAAUCUGGCGUGAAAUCCGUGUCAUGGACAAUUACGCCGUCAUCGGUUCUGAAGCUGUCGACCAUUAUGUCCAAAUCUUUGACAUGAGAAAACUUCUGAAGAUUAAAAAGAACCAAAAGCCUAAAACUUUUAGCACCUCCAAGGAUCUCACUAGUCUGUUCACCGGGCUUCCCAUCGGAAGAACUCACAAUAUCGUUGUCAACAACGACCUGAAGUAUGCCGUAGCAGUCGGCGCCGCGCCUCGUAACAGCACCUGUAAAUCUGGGCUAAUUUUUAUCGACCUCACCAACCCCUCAAACCCCACUAGCCCUGGGUGUGCUGAACAAGACGGAUACGUCCACGACGCACAGUGCCUUCUUUACAAAGGCCCCGAUACUCGCUACCACGGAAGGGAUAUCUGCUAUGGUUACAACGAGGAUACCCUCACUAUCUACGAUGUGACCAAUAAGAAGAACACAACAAUUAUUUCCCGUACAGGGUAUACUGGUGCCAGUUACACACAUCAGGGCUGGCUUCUAGACACUGAGAACCAAGAGUACCUUAUCAUGGAUGACGAAUACGAUGAAUACGAUGCCGUUGGCCCUGCAGCUGAUGGAUUCCCAGUAACUUAUAUCUGGGAUAUCAAGGACCUGACUGCGCCCAAACAAACUGGGUACUACAAAUCAGGCCAGGUUUCAAUCGACCACAACCAAUAUGUAGCGAACGGAAAGGCCUACCAGUCAAACUACGGUGCUGGUUUGAGAAUUUUGGAUGUUUCAAGCAUUCCAUCUGAUCCCACUGGUGCAGGUGUGAAGGAGAUCGGUUUCUUCGAUGUUUACCCCGAGGACGACAAUGAACCUAGAAAUGGUGUAUUGGACUUUGUGGGGUCGUGGUCAUCUUACGCACUGUUCAAGAGCGGGUGGAUUGUAGUAAAUACUAUUGAGAGGGGUGCAUUCGUUGUUAAGUACACGGGAUCAUGA